CUUUCUGGUGCAGUUCCCCCCGCCGUUCGAGCGUCCGGGAUCACGUGACUCGGAGCGGGCGUUAGGGCCGUUGCUAUGGUUUCCUUCUUUCGAAGGGGAUGCACGUGGCGGGGGAUGGAAGGCCUUCAAUUACCAGGGCCUUUGCUUCGGAUCAUUUUUAUCUGUUUUUAAAAUCCAUUUUUAUCCGGGUUUUGUUUGUUUUUUUAAGCCAAGAAAGGCCUUCCAUUUCUUGCACCCUUUUUCUUUCAAUAGGCCCAAGAACCCAGUGCUGGAGUUGAAUAAUUUGUUAAAAUUGCUGGUUGUAAUAUUCCUAUCUUCGCUAGUGGUAUUUGUGAAAAAAGGAGCACCGAUGUUAAGUUAGGCAUUGCAUUUGAAAAGGAACCCAGAGAUGGAAAGAAGAUAAAAUCCCGGCCCAAGAGGAAUGGCAGAUGGAAGUUGAGGGAUUAUGCCGAAAUGGCUAAAAUGACCGGAAGAAUCAGAAAUUGGGAAGAUUUUAAUAAGGAAUGGGGGGGGGAUUACAGUGGUUUUUAAGAUAAAUUACAGUGAUACCUUGGGUUAUAUACGCUUCAGGUUACAUACUCCGCUAACUCAGAAAUAGUGCUUCAGGUUAAGAACUUUGCUUCAGGAUGAGAACAGAAAUCAUGCUCCUGCGGCGCAGUGGCAGCAGGAGGCCCCAUUAGCUAAAGUGGUGCUUCAGGUUAAGAACAGUUUCAGGUUAAGAACGGACCUCCGAAACGAAUUAAGUACUUAACCCGAGGUACCACUGUAUAAACGAAACUAAAAUUGUUAGUAGGAUUGGAGUAACACUUCUAGUAUAAUGGUGAAUUUUGGACAUAAUGGAGAUGUAAAAGAUUUGGAUUAUCAUAAAAGAUGCAGGAGGAAAUGAUUAACAAUAGGACCUACAAAGGUGAGGAGGAAAGUCCAGGAGAUUCUUUGGCAUCUUGGUUUUUAUGUUGUAUGUUGGAUAUAUUGGUUGUAACACUUUAAUCUGAAAAACCAAAUAAAUAAAUUUACAAAUGAAAAUGAAAAGGAUCAACUGUCUUCCUGGGAACGUCAAAUCUGGAGUUCAGAGACAUUCUGAAACCUAAGCCUCUGCCGACUCAGAAAGCGGGAGAAGAUAAACAGAAUGGCAUUGUGUAGUUAACACGCAAAAGGUUUUCAUGUGACUGUCAUCUUCCAAGGUCAACAAAGGUCAAGAGCUAGAGCAACAAGGUUCUUGUGGAGAGAUGGACCCAUUGAGUCUGUCCCAUGAUUGAAAAUGAGAAUUCUGGAUCUGAAUGGUCACAUUUUGAAAACCUAGUAACUUGACUGAGGACGUAGUGCAUAACACAUGCAGGUCCUGCUCUCUGCCCUCUCAUUAAGAUUCUGUGGAUUUUGUUAUUUAAUAGGCAAAUGUUUAGAUUUCAAUAUAAUUUGAUGAAGCUUUCUUAAUUUCUAAGAAUAGUGAUGAUUCUUGGGACAGGGUAUAUGACGUCAGAGACAAUUCUUAAGAUCAUAUAUUGUUUGCAUCAGAUUCUUCAUCCAAUCAAGUCCCUAUAACAAUUUCUCAUUAGAAAAAAAGGAAAUUAAUUUUUUAAAAAUUAAAAGUCCCUAUAAUAAUUUUACUGUAUCUCUUUUCUUUCAGAGUCUAACUUCCUCAUACACAAAAACAAUUUAUGCUGGUGAUGAGACUCAAUCUUGUCAUUCAAAAAGAUUCAGUAUUAAAUCAUUCAGUGUGAAAUCGUUAAAAAGCAUAAUGAAGUCAGAUGCAACAGGGCCUUUGACAAAAGCAGAACCAAAAUCUUCCGCUGGGACAUUGGAUAGUGACUCACAAGAACAGGUUGAAAGAAAAACAGAUUUGAUGCCCAUGCAAGAGCUAAGCACACCAGAAACAUCAUUUAAAAGUGAAAGUGGGUUGAUAAAACAUCCAGAAUACAUUUCCUACAAAAAAGAAGAUGUGUUGGUUUUUCGAAACACAUAUGAGGCUGAUGAUGAAGAGAAAUUUGUAAGUGAAAUUGAUUUGAGGCCAAAAAAGGAACUAACCAUGUCAGAUGCCGAAACUUUUGAAUCUACAAAACAGUCAGAACACAUUCCCCAUAGAAGAGAAGAUGUAGUGGCUUUCGUCAAUGAAUAUGAUGGCAAAGAAGAAGAAACCUGAUACCACAAAAGAGUUGAAGCCGAAGCUGAUAUGGGUGCUGCCCAUAUCAGAUGCAGAAAUGUCAGGAGAGCGCAAAGUGGCUUUUGCAGAUGACCAUUAUGAUGACGAACAUGUGCACUUUGGUAGUGUAACUCACUUGAGGCCAGUGCAGGUGCUAACCAGAUCAGAUGCAGAAACUCCAGAAUCUACAAAACCAGCCGAACGUAGUGUGGCUUUCGCAGAUGACCAACCUGAAGAUAAAAGAGAGCAUCUUGAGGGCAGAGCUGAUAUGAGGCCAGUGCAGGAGAUACCAGUAUCAGAUACAGAAACUUUGGGAUCAUUCAAACAAGCAGAGCGCAGAGUGGCUUUUGCAGAUGACUAUGAUGAUGCUGAAGGUGUACAUACUGGGAGCUUAGCUGACUUGAGGCCAAGGCAAGUGCUAUCCAUAUCGGAUGCAGAAACUUUGGGAUCUUUCAGACCAACAGAGCGCAGAGUGUCUUUUGCAGAUGACCAACCUGAGGGUAAAGGAGAGCAUCCUGAGAGCAGAGCUGAUGGGAGGCCAGUGCAGCUGCUAACCGAUGCCAAGAGUUCAGGAUCUACAAAUCCAACAGAAUACCCUCCCCUCCCAGUAAUGGCUAAUGAUUAAGGAUAAUGUGAGAGGUAGUCGUUUAUUCCUCCCUGUGGCUUUCAUACGGAGCCCCCGGUCGUCUCACGGACUAUUGACCCAUACAGCACUAAUCCGCUGCCACCAACCAGGUCCUCCCCAGUAAAAUCACUUCAGCCUCAGUCAGGUUCUCAAUUAAUAGAGAAGAGUGUAUUUUAUUUCAGUCACAAACUUUUAUGGCAUUCCAAACAUUGUUACUCUUUACUUUCUUAGUCUUAUUUUCCUCUCUCUAUCUCUUCUACCUCCCCUCACGCAAGAACCCACUGCCCUAACUGUCUCUCUAUUACCAACUGCUUCUCCAGCUGCCUCUCCCAACCAGCCAACCCACUAAAACCAACCAACUACCCACUAACAACAACAACAACUAAUUCAAACCUCGGCUAAGCCCUUUUAUACACAGGUAGGCUCUGCCUCUGGCUUUCCUAUUGGUCUAUAUUUUUAACCCUAUCUUUUCCACCUGUUAAAACAUUUUCUAAAUGAAUAGGCAAACGCCACACUCCCUUAAAUAUAUAAUCUGCAUUUAACAACAAAGAGCCCUACUGUAUCAGGCCACAAGCCUGUUGGGUCCAGGAUCCUGUUCCCACAGUGGCCAAUGAGAUACCUAUGGGAAAUAGGCUGAAUGAAACUGCAUCCUCCCCCCUUGUGAUUCCCAGUAACUGAUAUUCAGAGGCAUACUGCCUCCCAACAGUGAAACUAGAACUCCUCCUUCUUUGGUGAUCACUCGCAGCUGAGUAAGAUUGUCUUCCAUGAACACAGUCUUAACAGUGAGUCUGUAAGUGACUGUGGAGGCCAUUUCUGGGUCCACAUGUCCUUCCACAGCAGGGAAUUAUGUUUGCAAUUAUGCAGAUUGAAGCCAAUCGGAAGUUAAGCAGUGUUAUAACAGAAUUGACAACAUUCCGAAUGACAAGCUUGCCAGCCCAAGUUCUCUGCUAGAACAGAUGGAGUGAGGGAGUGUGUUGAGCCUCGUACAGGAAGUUUUUUGGGGUCAUAGGUUGAGACAGACAUGUGUGCCAUUCUAUGUACCUUGCUCUCUCCAGAACAAAGAAAUUCUGUCCCUGCCCUAAUUUUUUGUGAUUCUCCAUUCCCAUUACAGUACAUCCUCCCCCCUGCUGAAUUCCAGGCCUUUCCUAUGGAGAAUGGAUUUCCCCCUGCUUCAGAAUGUAUAUUUAAGAACCAAACAAAUGAAGACCAAAUGUUUUUACCAAAAGUUUUCCUUACCUAAACCAGAGCUUGCCAAAAUGUGAGUUUAACGGAAUCCAUUGUCCUUUCAGGAAGAAUCAACCAUCGCAGAUUAUUCCGAUUUGUAUGCUGAGAUUGCAAUGCCAUGUGACAAGGAUGAAGUCAGAAACUUUACGAAAGCCUUUCUUCCCAUUGCUGACUCCCUGAUCUGUGUCCUGGGGAUCGUGGGAUAUAUGUUUGUAGUGAUGACAUUUGUUUUAUGUAAGAGGUCUGAUUCUAUAACUGAUGUCUGCCUCUGCAAUAUGGCUAUUGUGGACAUAUUGUUUGUUCUCACUCUUCCUUUCUGGGCAGUAAACUACGCUCUGGACAACUGGAUUUUGGGGGAUUUCCUCUGCAAGCUCACCAAAGGUACCGUAUUUUUCGCUCUAUAGGACGCACCAGACUUAUCACACCUAGUUUUGGGGGGAGGAAAACAAGAAAAAAAAUAUUCUGAAUCCCAGAAGCCAGAACAGCAAGAGGAAUCUGGCUUCUGGGAUAGCCUCUUGCUGUUCUGGCUUCUGGGAUAGCCGCUGAAGCCUCUCCCAGGCAGCGGGAUGAAGGCUCCCCCUGCCCGGAAGAGGCUGUGCGUGGGUAAGCUGCCCUCUGUCCCUCCCCCACCUCCCACAAGAGCUGCUCACUCUUUAAAGGGAGCGCGGCUCUUGGGGGCUUAUCUGGGAGGUGGGGGGAGGGACAGAGCCCCGUGCUCUGUCCCUUCCCCCAUCUGCCGC